AUGCCACUUGUUUCUGGUUUUACUCUUCGAUUUUUCGAAUUUAGUACCGCGGUCGCGGUCGCGGAUAGGUCGCGAAUAGGUCACGAAACGCACGUUUAUGUAGGUAUUGCUCGAGCAGGCACAUGCGCAUGGACAACGAUCAUUAUGAUCUUCCAUCGGGCAUCGCGCUCGAAGAAAGAAGAGGCUAGAAGCCGAAGAGGCCCGGCAAACUGCCAUGGAAGAGGGCAACUAUUAAUGGCUUCCCAUCCUCUGGAUAAUCCAGAGCAUGGGUAG